CCGAUUUUGUGAGCAGCCGAUCCGGUUACGGUCGUAAAAGCAUUUACGAGUUUCAAGCUGUGUUCUCGGUGGCAAGCAGAGCAGAGCAGGGCAUUAGAGCGGGGUGAAUGCUACAGUAAGUAGGUGAUUCUGGUACCCAUCUUCCUAAAUAAAAUCUCAGUGUUCUUUGUUGAUCAGGUCUAGAGAGAGAGAAAUAAGGCCAGCUGUUGAACUUUUCUUCUCGCUUUCACGCACUUGGAGUUGGCAUGCAUUAUUCGUUUUCAAUUUUAUUUUUUCAUUUCUCUUCCAUCUCCUGAGCUUGUCAAUAUGAUCGAUUUGGAAAUUUUCUCAGCUCAAGACUAUAAGAAAUUAAAUUUAUCUGGGUUUUCUCUCUCUGCUUCAUCGUCAGAUCUCGUGCUUUGAUUCGCGAGGGUUUGUGUUUUCUUUUUGCUCCUUUUUUUGGAAAAAUUGGCAGAUUAGGUUUGAUUAGAUUCAUUGCCCAUUGAAUUUCGAUUUUGGGGUUCCAGGAUUUUGCAUAACAAAACUGGGAUCAGGUUUUCAUGGAGUUUGAAACCCGUUCUUGACAUAAAGAGAUUGGGGUUUGCUUGUUUUAUGAAGGUCUACUAGGGGUCUUGAAUGCUUGAUGUGAAUGGUUUAUUUUCCUUUCCUAAUGGCCAAGACAAUCAGAGAAGCAGGGUCUUUUCUUCUGCUUUUUGGGGUUGUUUUUCUGUUUUCUCUCUCUACUCGUUCUCUGAGCUUCACACCAGUUGACAAUUAUCUGAUAGACUGUGGCUCCUCCGCCAAUACCACCAUUGAUGGUCGAGUUUUCGUGGCUGAUGACCGCAAUUCUUUUGAUGUUAUAGCCCCUUCUGACAUUCUUGCGAGCACCAGCCUUAAUUCUCUCUCUUCUGCUCUCUAUUCCACUGCUCGAGUCUUAACUGGACCAUCUUCCUACAGUUUCUCUAUCCAAAAGCAAGGGUACCACUGGAUUCGCCUCUAUUUCUUCCCCUUUGUCGCUCAAAACUACAAUCUGAAAACUGCAAUUUUCACAGUUUCAGCCGAAAAGAUUGUUCUACUCCAAGACUUUCAACCGCCGAGUGAUUCAAGUAUUCUCAAGGAGUACCUUAUCAAUGUAACUUCAGAUAGGCUAGUCCUCACCUUUAGGCCUUCAAUCCAGUCACCAUUGGCAUUCAUCAAUGCCAUUGAAGUGAUUUCUGCACCUGAUGAACUCAUCCAUGCUAGUGCUCGUACAGUUCUUCCAGUUGGGUCCUUUAAUACCCUCUCCGAACAAGCUUUUGAGACUAUGUUCAGGGUCAAUAUUGGGGGACCCAUGGUUACCCCUGCAAACGACACUCUGGGAAGAACUUGGAUUCCUGAUCAGGGCUUUCUUCUUGAAAAAUCCACUGCCAAAUCAAAAUCUUUUACAGGAAAUCUCAAUUAUAGAAGGGGAGGAGCCACCCAAGAUACAGCACCUGAUGCUGUGUAUUCCACAGCUGAGGAGAUGAACUCUGCAAAUGUUGCGAAUACUAACUUCAACAUAACCUGGAACUUUACAGUGGACCCUAAUUUCACAUAUUUCUUAAGGAUGCACUUUUGCGAUAUUGUGAGCACUGCACUCAACCUGCUCUACUUCAAUGUUUACAUUGGUGAUUGGUCGGCUUCUCGAGAUCUCGAUCUUUCUGCUCUUACAUCGAGCUUGGCUUCUCCAUACUUCAUUGAUUUUGUCACUCCUGUAACUGAUAAGUCAAGCAGUAGCAUGAGGGUAAGUAUUGGCCCUUCGAGUAUACCUGGUGUUGACCCAAAUGCCAUACUGAAUGGAUUAGAGAUUAUGAAGAUGAACAACUCAGUGGGAAGCCUUGAUGGCUUAUUUGCGGCAAACCCAUCUUUGGUUAUAGGUUCAAAGGGGAAAGUUGGGUUGAUUUUGGGUUUGGCAUUAGGAUCUUCUGCCCUUGUUCUCCUUUUGAUUUUGGGAUUGCUCUUCUGCAAGAGAAGAUCAAUGAAACUGAAGAAACACCAAUCAAAAUCAUGGAUCCCUUUCUCUGUGAAUGGGGCAAACUCUCAUAGCACAGUGAGCAAGUUCUCAAACGCAACCACGGUUUCAUCCGGUCUGAAUUCGAGCCUAGGUUUCCGAUUCUCCUUUGCUGAGAUCCAAGAAGCCACAAACAACUUUGAUGAAAACUGGGUCAUUGGUGUAGGUGGGUUUGGAAAGGUGUAUAAAGGAACAUUGAGGGAUGGGACCCAAGUUGCGGUGAAACGAGGUAACCCGAGGUCCCAACAAGGCCUAACGGAGUUCCAAACCGAAAUCGAAAUGCUCUCAAAAUUCAGGCACCGCCACCUAGUUUCGCUUAUUGGUUAUUGUGACGAGCGCAAUGAGAUGAUUCUCGUGUACGAGUACAUGGCCAAUGGUACACUCAAGAACCACCUCUAUGGCUCCGAGCUCCCACCAUUGAGUUGGAAGCAAAGGCUCGAGAUUUGCAUAGGCUCAGCUCGUGGGCUCCAUUAUCUCCACACUGGUUCUGCCCAAGGUAUCAUCCAUCGAGAUGUCAAGUCAGCGAACAUACUUUUGGACGAAAACCUCAUGGCAAAGGUGGCUGAUUUUGGGCUUUCAAAGACCGGGCCCGACCUCGACCAGACCCACGUGAGCACAGCAGUGAAGGGCAGUUUCGGGUAUCUGGAUCCUGAGUAUUUUAGGAGGCAGCAGCUAACAGAGAAAUCAGAUGUGUAUUCAUUUGGGGUGGUGAUGCUUGAAGUUCUUUGUGCACGGCCUGUGAUAGACCCCACGCUCCCUAGAGAGAAGGUGAACUUGGCUGAGUGGGCUAUGAAAUGGCAAAAGAAGGGGCAGCUUGAUCAAAUCAUAGACCUAAGGCUGGUAGGUCAGAUAAGUGCAGAUUCACUUAGGAAGUUUGGGGAGACAGCUGACAAAUGCUUAGCAGAGUAUGGUGUGGAUCGUCCAACCAUGGGUGAUGUUUUGUGGAACCUGGAGUAUGCAUUGCAACUUCAAGAGACUGCCAUGAGGAGUGAACCUGAUGAAGAUAGCACGAACAGGAUCGCUGAGCUUCCUUUGAGGAUCACUCAGCUUGGUGCUUCAGAGGAGAAUGAUGAGGGGAGAGAAGGGUAUGGGUCCGCAGGUCCUGCAGAUGAUCUUUCAGAUGUGUCCACCAGUAAAGUUUUCUCACAACUUUUCAGCACUGAGGGUCGAUAGGUUUUGGGGCCAAGGAAAAAGGUAAGGCUAUUGGGCUUCUUACGGCAUAAGAAUUGAGUUUUUGGGUUCUCUGAUAGUUUAGGCAAGUUUAGUGAAUUUGUUGUCAAAUGUGUAUAAUCAGCUUCUAUGGAGUCAUACAUUUGCUACCUAAUAUGAUCCACCUGUAGUCCAGUGGUGGAACUCUUUUUUUCACGACUUGUAAAAAUAGGUAGGUUGCAGGUUCUUGCUGUGUUGGGGGACUCUUUGAGUUGUUCAUGCCGUGGUCUCCAAGUUGGGGUUCCUCUGUGUCUUGUCUCUGGAAUGUAUUCUUGUUCAAUUCAAGUUGCUUCUGAAUUAUGUUUC